GAGGAGAUCCACGAACGCCACUGUGUCGAGUCUCGUUGUUCUAAGUGCCACCCCGACUGCUAUUGCUGCCACUUCUCCCCCAGGAUAACAUGGCCGACGUUGAGGACCUCUUGAUCGCGUCGAACUGCUGUCUGCAAGGGACACAGUAUGGCCCCAGUACACCGGCACACCUCAGGGAGAAGUUUUAUUCUGUCAUUUCUCUGCCUACAAGCCCUAUGUCUUCAAGUUACUAGCGAGUGUGACCAGACCUUCGUGAGUCGUUUGGGAGGGCCUACAAACGGUACCUUUCACGCCCCUGACUUUCUGAAUCCCCGUGGUCAUUCCCGACAGUGCGUUUACACAUUUCUUGCAGGACCUGGACAGAGGGUCCAGAUUGUCUUCACUUCUUUCGCUUUGCGGGGAACACCACCGGAUGGAGCUGCCGUUGGAGACCUUCCUUCCUGUGUCCACGAAUAUAUGGAUGUAUAUUCAGAAGUGGUCCAACCGGAUGCUGCUGAAUUGAUCAACUCACCGUUUGGAGGAAGGUACUGCGGACCCAUACCGCCUAGGCUUAGGGUAUCGCUGUAUAGGACACUAGCGCUGGCUUUCUACACCGACAAGAACGUUUCAACACCAGACCUGUUCACUGGAAGGUACAGCUUCAUCAACGAUUCUGAAUACGAGGUGGGAAGUCCAGUGGCGGGUAGCCCUUGUAGUUUCCUGGUGAAAGGAGCAGUGAGGCCGUCGGGGGUGAUUGUAUCACCCACCUACCCCGGUGCUUACCCCAAAGCAUUGAACUGCCACUAUCAGUUCUUGGGCGUGCCCGGUGAGAGGAUUCGCAUUGAGUUCAGGGACUUUGACCUCUUCUUCGGGGGACCGCAUUGCCCUUUUGAUUACGUGAAAGUUUACGAUGGUCCUGACAACAGCUCAGCAGUUAUAGGCACAUAUUGUGGACAGCAACGUAACCUCGUCGUUUAUUCCUCCGAAUCAGCGCUUUUAGUAGCCUUCGUCACCCUCCCACGCACUGCCAACACCCAGAAUAGAGGCUUUAAGGGCAUCUUCGAGUUCUCCAAUUCCUUUACCAAAUUAGAUUUUAUAAGCAAAAACGACGGAGAACAUAUUCGGGGUACCGAGUGUGACCAGAAGAUCCUCAGCAAAAAAGAAUCCAGUGGAUUCGUUUUCAGUCCAAACUAUCCCUUCCCCUACAUGCCCAAACUGGUGUGUCGUUAUUUCAUCUACGGCAUGCAGGAUGCCCAACAUUUAGAGAGGGUUCGCUUGGAGUUUGUGCUCUUUGACAUACCAAAGGGUCCAAAGGGAGAUUGCACAGACGGCUAUCUGAAGAUAUACCUUAAGGGUCAGGAAACAACGGAUUCUUAUGAUAAAUUCGAUCAUGAAAUGUGUGGUGAAGACAGCUUGCCAGCAGUUGUAGUUUCUGAAGGCCCUAGACUGGUGAUGGUUUUCAGCAGUGGCGAAUUGAUGGGUCGAGGGUUCAAGGCUAACUACACCUUCGAAACAGAAUAUCGAGUUCCUGGAACCGCUGCCCCUGAUGGUACUUGCUCAUUCACCUACCGCAGCUCAAGCAAGAAAAGUGGGGAUUUCAAUUCGCCUCGCUACCCCUCCAACUACCCGAGCGAUAUGAACUGUUCAUAUUUGUUUUUGACGAACAAUAACGAGCAGGUCACACUCAUUUUUGACAAUUUUAAGAUUCACGCUGAUUCAGCAAAUGCUUCUGUUGGCUCCUAUGGAGUUGUUUUAUGUCAAGAAGACUGGUUAGAAAUAUAUAACGUAUAUCGUGACAGUACGGAGAAAUUGGUAGGAAGGUACUGUAGCACUUCGGCUCCAGGUCCUAUCGAAUCAAAUAGAGGUGCUAUAGGGUUGAAGAUUAUUCUUCAUACAGACUCUGAGGGUGUAUAUAGUGGUUUUAAGGCGAGAUACAGUUUUGAGACAGCGAAGUCCAUUUUUGGCGACUGUGGGGGUAACGUCAGCAGUCUGGAGUCUGGUGUUAUAUCCAGUCCCAAAUUCCCAGCUAACUACGACGUACCUUCGCGAGGGCUUUCAUCAGUGAGCUGUAACUGGUACGUCAGCGUACGUCCAAAAUACAAAAUACUGCUCAAUUUUGAGAGGUUUGCCAUCGAAGGUGAUCCUGCACUUCGAGGUUGCCCAGCAGCCGUUCUAAGACUUUGGACUGAUCUAUCAUCAUAUCCAAAAGAACUCUGCGGAGAAAAAGGUGCUAUGGACAAAUGGGAAUAUCUUUCUACUUCCAAUACCAUGAGGUUCAGUUUCGUGGCAGCAGACAAGGCUGUCGGAGCUCAAGGUUUCAGAGCAGUAUGGACUGAAGUCCAAGAAGGGCCUAGUUGCGAUGAAUUUCAGUGUGAAACCAGCGGUUUCUGUAUUCCUAACAAGCUCAAGUGCAAUUUGGUGAACAACUGCGGGGCUGAGGAUAACUCAGACGAAGCUGAUUGUGUCAAGGACGCGCCCAAAGAGGAUCACACUUUGCUCCUGAUGGGUUCGAUAGCCGCCAUAUUGAUAGUGCUAGUGACUCUGUGUGUGUUAUGCCACCGGAAACGUAGGCGACGUAGGAGGGGUGUUCACCGACCGCUACAACUUCCCGUCCCAGCGGGAUCCUCGCGAAGACCGCCGCCGCGCAUGUGCGAAGAACUUGGCGAACGUUUUGCCACCGUGGACAGUGUCUGAUGACGGUUUUGCGUCGCAUAGAUGGCGCUAGAGUUCUUGGUGGGCCUGUCGGCGGUACUGACACGCGCUACAGGGUCAUAACACGUGAUUACGUUGGGUUUUGUGGGUUUGGAAGAUGGGUUGUUGAAAUAUACGGCAACAAUGUCUCAGGGCUUCAAGGUCAUUCGUGACGAGACGUCGAAAACUUCCGUUCUGUCCGGAAUCAUAACGAGAUCUGAAAAAUCAAACGGAGGUGACUGAAUUUUGACAGAUGAGCUUCAAACACAACACCAGCUGUCAAAAAUCCAUAGCCUACACGGAGACGAAGUUUUUCGGUGGUUAGCUUGAAGGAUCUUCUAUCUACGGUCUCAUUUCUCAUCUUAAACUGAAAUUUUUUGCUCAAUAUUUAUUUCCGAUUGAUAUAUAAUAGAAGCUUUGUAAUUGUUUUUUUUUUGUCCCCGAAAGUCUUGAAUUGAGCACACAAAUGCAGACCUAUCUAUUUCAGUCGGCCUAAGACAUCGUUGACCAACUGUUUUAUUGACGAUGGCAGAUUGUUAGGCAAAUGACAUGAAACCCAUACAUCAGAUGUUGACAAUGCUAGAAAUUUUUAUAUGGGUAGUCUAAGACGCUUAUAGCGGUUAAAUUUAAUGCACCAAAUUAUAACACCAUCGAAAUCGACUCAACUAUAGCUUUUGGUGAACUUAAUGAAGGAAUUCACAAUAUGUUAGCUGAAGGCUUUACACAUCAAGUCUAUAUUUUCUGUUGGGACAAUCCAAAACCUUGUGAUCUAAUUGAAAUUUGGCAUUUUAUGGUUAAAAUUUGAAAUUUGACAGCGCCAUCUUAAACUAGUGUUUUUAUAUUUAAUCUUUCAUCUGAUUUGUUUGCCUUUUACUGAUAGUUUGAUCGCAAAUCGUCAAAGCUAAUGUAUUCCCUGAGCUUUUUGUUGACGAUUAUCGUAAUGCUAUUGCUAAAAUGAAAAAACCCAUCUCUAGAAUGAAAGACGUAGCCAGCAAUUUCAGUUAGCGAAAAUAUUUAUCAAGCCUUUUUUGGGUAUAUGCAAUUGGUAGGACAAUCACAAAAAGUAUUGUCGACAGCCCAUCGCCAUCGUUUAAGAAACAUUUAUCAAAACAAUCGGAAAUACUCGAAAACUACAGAACGUCGGUAACUCAUUAUCUCUACAAUAAUAGCAUUAUAAAAGAAUAAUCUCGUGGUUAAAAGAAAUUAUAAAAUAUUAUUAAAUGUUAGUGCGAAGUAUACGCAAGACGUAGUUGUUGUUCGUGUAUGACCUAACCAUGAAGAAGAAGAAGAUAAAGAAGAAGAGUUAAAUGAAUCACCACCUAGAGACUUCAACAAUAAACGAUCGUGAGAACCUAUUUUGUACGUCGAUAGAAAUACUUUGAUCAAUCACAAUUUCGAAUAUUUAUAUAUACAUUUGCAAUAAUAGAUAGUUUUGCACUAUACUUACAAAGUUACCGAACUAUCGAUGUUCAAAUUGUUAUACCAGGAGCUCUAGAUUUUAUUUUUACAACGAAUAAUCAUCUUCCUGAUGCAUACCUCGAUAGAUGGGCCCUCUAGCGAGUGGAGGAGGAGCUUGAAAAAGUCGCCCUGGCGACAUCUACUGCCGUGUAGUACCUACAAACGUAGGUUAUGUUGUUAUUAUUAAACAGUUGGACAGAUUUAAAUCAGUGUGAUUAGUUUGAUAACGAACAAAUGUGCGUUUAGUCUUUAUUGGUAUUAUUUUAUAAUAAUAAUCAUGAAGCAGACGGAUGUAUAGACUUUAUUUUCGAAAAUUUGGAAAUGUCGCAGAAACAGAAGUUCACAGUUGGGCAAACUUUGAACUUUUUGAUUCUGAAUGACUCAAACCAUAUAAACGGGUGUCUUAAUAUACUGGAUUAGUUACCAUUCAAUCUUCUCACAAGGUUCGAGAAAUUUUCGUGUCCAUUAUAGUGUUUUUAGAAUAAUUUUCAUUUAGGUGAAAUAUUUGCGAGGAAAAUCAUUGGAAAUCUUCGAGAUCUUCGAAUAUCAUCUUUCUUUUAUAGAACACACAAUUCACAUCUGCCUUUCUAGAAGUCAUUUCUUCUUGUAUGAUAAAUUUUCGGGAAUCUGUUCUACUAUUCAAGAAGAUGAUUUUCUUCGUUAGAUUUGAGCUAGAAAGGUUCUACUUUGAAUUUUGUCAUUACUGAGGAACCAUAACUUGAACUAUGGGUUUGAAGUUUUUAGUCUCAUUGUACAUACUGACAGCAAUCCUAUUUUCAGUUCUGAAUGAACCCAUUUUAAAACUGACUGAAAAAAAAGGGAAUCGGUGAUGACAAUAUUUCAUAAUUUUCUCCUGCAACAAAAAAAUUUGGAUGAUCCGAUACCCAUUGACAUUCUUUUAUUAUAUUUAAGCCGUUUAUGAACACCUUAUUUUCACAACAACAUAUUCUACUCAUGUUUACAAUUCGAAUCAUUUGUUCUAUGUUGGUAGUGAAUAUGUUUGUAAAGUAAAUAAUUCUAAUAGUGUUAUUUGAAUGUUGUUUAUUAUUGGGCUUCCUGAAAACUGUCUUCUAUAUUCAGAAAAUCUUAGUGUAAGCUGACCUACGGAAUGGCAAAAACCGCACACGAUUUCUAAGUCUCAUCCCAUAUAUGAAAAAAAAAUUCUACUGAUUUUAAGUUUAAUAAGACCUUCAGUUCAAUUUUUCAUAUAGGUAUUGAUGUUUUUGAAUGGGAUUGUACACAUUCCGUGGUCGGACAAAUCAGAUACGUUUUUGGUUGCAGUAGCUCUUGCACUCCACGAAAGUAGACUUUGCAACAAAAAUUGUUAUUUAGAUCGGAAUUAUUUUUCGAAAUAUCACAUUUUUUGCGGGAGACUUUUAUAUGAUGCUCGUGAAAAAUGUAUGUUAUUCAUACUUGCGCAUAAGGAGAUAUAAUAAUAAUAAUAAUAUUCGAUAAAGACAGUCACCCAAUAAUUAUGUAAUGAUUUGAAAAUAUCGUUGCAACAUUUUUAAGGCUCAUAAGUUAUUCAUUUUCAGUUCUAGCCAUCAUUGAUUUUAUUCGACGAUUUCUGUUGAUGUUGCAACAAUAUUUGACUUACCAUGCUUCUGAGAAAUAUGCUCACAAAUGUAAGGGCAUAUGCCGAAUUGUUAUAUAUCUUGAUAGGGGCCUAAGGGCUCUAUAGAAACCACCAACAUCGAUGCAUAAUUGGUAAUUUACACGAUAACCCAUUUGGGAAAAAUUAUUUUUCGACAAUCCCUGGUAUAAUCCCCGGCAACAAUAAUCAUAAAACUUUUUUCGUACAAAACACAUCUUUUCACCAAACUUCUUUCUCAAUCAUUGGUAUUGGUGGAGAUUUUCAAAAGAGGGUAAGAAAUUUCUAUAGGUACGGUAUGUCUUAUACAGGUGUAUCCAAAAACUCGGAUGGCCGAUAUUCGAAAAUAAUCAUACGAGACGAUCUGAGAAUUGUGGAUCUAUACAUGUUCGAUUGGAAGUUUUUGGACACUUGGAUAUUUCCCAUGGUACCAUAGGAAAUUCUCAUUCUAUAAUAUUGAAAAAUGGGUAAUUCAAAUUUCACUUCCAUCAGUAUGUUAAUUGUUAACUUAAAAGCUGUUAAGUAAUGUUAAGAACAAAUAUGGUCGCAAAUUGUAAUAUAUUGUAUCAAAUGCUCACGCGACAUAGAAUCGAGUAAAUAAAAGUGUAUUCCACUGUA